CUCACCCAGACCCUUUGAUAAGAAUGUCUUCCGCCACACAAACCCCUGCCAAUGGCCCUACCUAUGCUGCCGUUGCUGCCAGUGCCGACUCCACCACCACCGCCAGCAUUACGAAGUUGACCGAUGCCUCCCCUACUUUGAGCCACCUCAAACAAUACCCUCUUAUCUCGCAAUCAGUUUCUUACGUUUCCGGGAUCACCAUUGUCCAGUCAUUGCAAAAGUUCAUUGAAGGGAGCGUCCUUGUGUACGCUGCUGCUCUUUUGGGAAACUUCCAGUUCUUGAAGAGCAUUCUCCUCAGCGCUGACAGAUUCAUCAACGACACGUUCUUGGUCAACUUAGACAAGUUCGCUCCGGGCUUGACCUCUUUGACUUGGAAAGACUUAUACCCCUCCGUUAUCUUCAGCUACGUCUACUUACAGGUCUCCGCCUUUGUGUCCCAGCACACUGGCUCCAUCACUAACAAGUUGAAUGACAACAGAGAGGCUAUUUCUGCUAAGGUUGACCCGAUCAUCUCUCCUGUUAACAGGACCCUUUCUGGAUACCUUGACAAGUACUUGCCAGGUGACGGAGCCACUGAUGCUAGCACCUCUGAAGGUAAGGACGAGUUGGCCAAGUUCUCCGAGUUGGCCACUACUGCGUACACCAGAGCUGUGCCAAUUGCUACCAAGACUGCUCAGGACUUACAGGCCGUUCCUGCUAACGUUCAAGCCCAUGUUUCCAAGAUCUACAAGAACCAGUUGCAGAAUGACCCAAACACCUCCAGAGCUUUUGCAAAGACUUCUAUUGAGUUGACUAACGAAAUCUCCAGCCACAUCCGUCCAGUGUUUGACCCAUUGGUGACCAGGGUCGAAUCCAUUGCCAAGUCUACCCAGUCCAAGGUCAAUGACGUUGUUGAAAACACCAAAAGUAACGUCGACAGUAUUGUGUCUCAGGUCAGAAGUGGUGUGGAUCGUGGUAACAAUGCCAACGUCUCCUCGCCUGUUGCCAUUGGUGCUGCUUAAGCGGUUGUCUCCUUUUAGUGAUCUUUUUUUUUUCCUUUAGUACUGGUUUUACAAACUCUAUCCUUAAUAUAGCUUAUAUAAUAUCCUC